GGAUUCCCGCUGCCUUGUGUUCAAAAGAACUGCCGAGUUGUCCUUGUCUUUCAAAACAACCACAAUCGAUGCUCACGAAUUGGAAAAUUAUUUAGUGUCUUCUUGAUCAGCUUGUUAGCUCAUAUUCCUGAUGAUUAUGAAAAGCUUGGGAGCUGAUCAUUCGUCAUCACUUAUUCUUUGGGUGUUUGCGUCGUGCGAACACAUCCUAAAGACAUUUCACUGCUAAAGAAGGUGUAUGUUGCAUGUUGUAAUUUCCUACAUAACCACCUAUCUUGGAUCUUCUUGCAUACCCAUUUGGAUGGCCAAGUCCCUAUUUUUACCGGAAAGAACGGGCAGUUAUGCACUAAAAUUUUAUAAGUUUUCAUGAAAAUCUGAACUGCAUUUUGUCUAAAAUCCUUUCAACAUUCUAAGAAGACUUUUCCUUGUGAUAUAUCACCAUGUCUCUUGAUCAUGGAGAAGAAACUAAGGAAGGAGAUGAGAGUAUGGAUACCAAACCAGUUGAAUUUUCACGUGUUUACUGCUGGGGUAACACAACCAAUGGUGAACUUGGUCUAGGAGGAAUUGAAGAGAAUCAAAUAUUAUGUCCUCGAGAAUUGUCUUUGUCUGUGCAAGAAAGUCAGUGUGUACAAGAUAUUGUCUGCGGAGAUAGCCAUACUUUGAUGCUGACUGCUAAAGGUGAAGUCCUUUCUUGUGGUAACAACGAUCAUGGACAGCUUGGUAGAGAGCAGCAUCGUACACGUCCUGAGCUAGUGACAAGCCUAAGUGAUUACUCAAUUCAAGCUCUAGCUUGUGGCGGGUGUCACAGUGUCGCUGUUACGAAGUGGGGCCAACUUUUUAGUUGGGGCUCCGAUUCAUUUGGCCAGCUUGGUCUCAACUCAGGCUCUGGUGAUCAGUGGAGUGCAAAGACUGUUAAAAAUUUAGCUCUGUCAACAGUAAUUCAAGUAGCUUGUGGUCAGAACCAUUCUUUAGCUUUAACCAAUGAUGGCCAACUGUACUCCUGGGGCUGCAACCGUUUUGGUCAGCUCGGUUUAGGCACAACAUCAGAACAAGAAAGAAAACCGACUCUUAUUACCUCACUAGCAGGCAUACCAAUAGCAAUUAUUGCCUGUGGGUCUAAUCAUAGCUUUGCUGUCUCCAAGUCUGGAGCAGUGUUCGGAUGGGGUAAAAACACCUGUGGCCAGUUGGGUCUCUCUGACUGUAGCAACAGAAAAUACCCAGCCCAACUGAAAAGUUUACGCUCUAUAAGAGUGAAAUUUAUUGCCUGUGGGGAAGAUUUCUCAGUCUUUUUGACUCGCGAUGGUGGUGUUUUUACCUGUGGUGCUGGUAUGCAUGGGCAACUUGGGCAUGGGUCCCACUCAAAUGAAUGUCUUCCUAGGAAGGUUACAGAACUUAUGGGAAGCACUGUAACCCAGGUGGCAUGUGGCAGAAGGCACACGCUUGCUCUUGUUCCAUCUCGUGGGCGCGUCUAUGCUUUUGGCCUUGGAGGAGCUGGUCAGCUUGGCAAUAAAAGCACUGGAAACGUGUCUACACCUCAAGUUGUGAUAGGCCCAUGGCUUAGCCCUAGUGGGGUGUCAUUGGUAGAAUCAGCCCAUGAAUGUAUCAUCAAGCGCAUAUCAUCUGGAGGAGAUCACUGUUUUGCUCUGGUUUCACUUCCCCACGAACAAGUCAGACCAGAUGAUUUCCGGGAAUAUUUGCCCAACACUCAAAUACUGACAUUGUUGCAGAAAUUCAUUCAAGAAUGUGAAAAUUGUGCUGCAGACUCUCAAGUAGAUUUGGAGCUCAUCUCUUAUCUUGAGACAGUGUUUGGGAGCCAAGCGUGUUUUAAUGCAUCAUUCUUAUUAAAAAAUGAUGAGCAUUACUGCUGUACAUCCAAACAUCCUGGUGUCGAUAUUGAAGAGGCUGAAUCAUUCUUUUCCAAUGUUGGAAGGCUUGAGCAUCCUACAAUUAAAGAUAUCAUUAUGACAUGCAUUGUCCAACGACUUAUACCAAGCCUGGUUAGUUCUCCUCCUGAUGUUGAAACACUGAGAAUAUAUCUCACCCUACCAAUGUAUCAUGAAUGUGAAAAUCCCAAAAAUUAUGAGAAGAUCCAUGUUCCUUUUGCUCAAGCUGUAUCUGAAUUGAAGAAUGAAGCUCGUAAAAUUGUAUUAAUGUGGUGGGGAGCACAAUCACCAGAUUACUUUGAACGCCUCAUUCGGAUCUAUAAAAAUGUUGUCAUGUAUGUGAUUCGGCUUCCAGUUGUGAGAGAGAGCACUGUAAGCCAAGUAAUCAUGCGUGCCCUUGAAAUGUUAGCAUUAUUGAACCGCCUUAACAAAGAUAUUGGCCAAAAAGUCCCAUACAACUCGUUUUACUUACAUGAUUUGCAAGAAGUUGUUGAUAUCCAAGUGGACUAUGUGCGGUGGGUGGCACAAAUUGAUCCCAGUAUUUUAUUGAGAUUUGCACCUUCCCUCCCACCUUCCAGUGCAGUCCAUUUCUGCAACUAUCCUUUUGUAUUUAAUGCUGAAGCUAAAACUUUAUUGCUUGAGACUGAUCAGUCGAUUCAAAUGCAUUCAGCAAUGCAAGAGGCCACAACAGAUUUUCUUAUGAACAUGCUUGGUGGUAUAAAUCAGUAUCUUGUGCUUAAUGUCAGCAGAGAAAAUAUAGUUGAUGAUACUAUUAGGGAACUGUACCAAUGUGAUAGCAAAGAUUUGAAGAAACCCUUGAAAAUAAAGUUUUGUGGAGAAGAAGCUGAAGAUGCUGGUGGAGUUCGAAAAGAAUUCUUCAUGUUGCUUUUGAAGGAAAUCCUUGACCCAGCAUAUGGAAUGUUCAAAUCAUAUGAAGAAACAAAUGCCAUUUGGUUCAGUGAAGUUACAUUUGAACAUGAAAUGAUGUAUUAUCUCAUUGGACUUCUGUGUGGUCUUGCCAUAUACAACUUCACCAUCAUCAAUUUGCCUUUUCCCUUAGCCCUCUAUAAGAAAUUGUUAAAUGAACCUGUUACCUUACAGGAUAUAAAUGACUUAUCACCCACUAUGGCAAAGAGUCUUCAAGACAUUUUGGACUACAAAGAUGAUGACUUUGAGGAAGUAUUUGGAUUGUCUUUUCAGAUGUCCACAGAAGUAUUUGGCGAAGUGAAAUUAUUUCCAUUAAAACCUGGUGGUGCUGACAUACCUGUCAACCUUCAUAACAAGACUGAGUAUGUGGACCUCUAUGUAGACAUGCUUCUAAAUAAAAUGGUCGAAAAGCAUUUUAAGGCUUUCUCCCAAGGAUUUUUGAAAGUAUGCGGUGGACGUGUCUUGGAACUUUUCCAUGCUGCAGAAUUGAUGGCAGUUGUUAUAGGCAAUGAAAAUUACGAUUGGGAAGAGCUACAGCGUCAUGCUCAGUACAAAAAUGGCUACAAAGAAGAUGACCCCACUAUUCGCCUCUUUUGGGAGGUUUUCAUGGAACUGCCAUUAGCUGAAAAGAAAAAGUUCCUCAUGUUCUUAACGGGAACUGAUCGCAUUCCUCUCCAGGGUAUGAAAGCAAUCAAAAUAAUUUUUCAGCCAACCUCUGACGACAAAUACCUACCAGUAGCACACACUUGUUUCAACCUUCUAGAUUUGCCAAGAUAUGGGACAAAAGAAAAACUACGCUAUAAAUUGCUUCAGGCUAUUCAACAAAAUCUUGGGUUUUCACUUGUCUAAGUCUUUAAUUCAUGUGUUAUAAUUGAAUGCCACUUGAGUUUGUUUUCAUGUGAUGCAGCUCCCCCAGCAAACUGCUCUAACAUUUUAGUUUGUGCUGCUUUUAGUGUUGCUUUGCAUUUAUUUAUACAAUAAGUAAUUUUGUGAUAUUAAUCACAUGUCACAAUAAAUCUUUAUUUUCUUGCAUACAGCACCUACUUUAUUGAUCUCGUUUGUUCAAAAAAAAUUAAUGUUGGGCUAUUAGUUGAAUAUAUAUGCAUUUAUACAUUUGCCUGAUUCAAAUUACCGGGGUAAAUUUAUUUUCUGUAGUCUAUAGCCACUUUUUACACUUGGUAUAAAACACACCAUCACAGCACCUGCUCUUGUGUUGUUCAAUGUUCCUGGGUAUUUUUGUGUGAGACAGUUGUGAUCAAAUGUGUAUGUGAUAUUAAGCCAGAAAAUGUAGUUUUGGAAAAUUAUAUCUAUUUUUGGAUAAUCAGAAAUUGUAUUUUGAACUUUUGUCAUUUCUCACCUGUAUUUCAAUUUUCAGUAUUGAAUCCAAUGUAGCCAAUGCUUGUGUAACAGGAAUUUUCCAGGAUCUUCAUGUCAGUUGUUAAUACCUAAAAUGCUCAAUUCAAACCGGUUCAUGGUGGAUUCAAAUUUCCCUCAUUCCAAAGACGAUCUCAGCAGACCUAUCGAGGCUAGUAGAGUUCAUUACAUUCAUAUUUAUAACACAACCCUUGAUCCUCGUUAAUUAAUCUUUAACAUUAACUUUUGCAUGAUGUCGUCUUUUUCACGCCAGUAAAACUUUCUCCCAAAAGAUUAACAAUAUGUAAUUUAACAUAAAACUGACGUUUAGACCUUGACGUCACAGAUAAAAGUUUUGUGGCUUGUUGAAUCUGUGUCGGAUUUCUUUUCCCAUAAUAAUUUUAAAUUAUUUGUAUACUAGGUGACACAUAAAAUCUCUUUUGUUAGGUUGGCCAGUACUACUCCUUCCUCAUUCAUCUUGUACAGUUCACUCGGACUAGAAUGGGUUGUCUACCCAAGAAAACCAGAGCACCUUAUGUAUGUCACUUGGUGAAUUUUGCGUAAUCUUUCUCAAUUUGAAAUUUAGUUAGGCAUAUGCAAUUUAUGAUUCAUUUAUAGCCACUAUGUCUAACUUUAUUUCACAUUCCAUGUUGGAAUCUGGAAGUACAAGCAUCUACAGUUAUUGUUCAAGCAUAAUAUACACUCUUCUUUAUAUUUUUUGAAAGGUUUUAAAUGUGUACUGAUUGUAUAUUUUUCAAAAGGUUGUAAUUUUACUGUAGUAUUUUGUUUAAUCCUUGUUAAAUUGGUUAAAUAUUAGUAGUGUAAGUGGAAUUACUGUCUGGAACUAGAUAAAUUUUUAUAUCCUCUUACAUUCAAAGUAUGCAAUAAUUUUGGUCUACUUUUAUAAAAAACGUCAAAUCUGUAUGCUGAGCAGUUAUUUGGGAGAAGCUUUUAAACUAAUUCUGAAUUUCUGAGUAAAGAACUUUAAUUCUGAGCUGUGUUGUUUGUUUGUAAUAUAACUGAAAUCAUUACCCAGGUGUUCGAUGUGUUUCCUGAAAAGAAUCACGGGGAUUGAUGUAUACGUUUAACUAUUUUCAAGUUUGUAUGUAGUUGUAAUGUUUGACUGAUCUGUUAAACUUAACUUUGUUGCUGUUAUUAAAUUAAUGUUAGAUAAUUCCCAAAUUGUACUGCCUAAAACGUACAUAUGACGGAUAUGUGCAAUAUUUUAGCAAAUAAAUGUAUGUUUUUUUUGUUGCUAUACAA